UUUUCUUUCUACUGAUACAGGUAUAGAAUAUAUAUCUAACAGGAGAACUUGCUUACCAAUAAUUUAACACUAAAUAUCUAUGUAAUACCUAUUUUUUUUAAGAAAGCAUAGCUACUAAAGAUGGCUAAAUUCACUAGAUAAAAUAAAGUUUUUUUGUAUUUUUUAAACAUAUCUCCACAUUAUGGGACUAUAUUAUACAUGUACAUUUCUCAACUGCAGGACUGUAGUAGCCUAAGAAUCAGUUUCAUUCGCAAACGAUAGGUCACAGUGAAAAUGGUGAAGGAGACGACAUUCUAUGAUAUAUUGGGCGUGAAGCCUGGGUGUACGCAAGAUGAUUUGAAGAAGGCAUACAGAAAACUUGCUCUUAAAUAUCACCCUGAUAAGAACCCUAAUGAAGGAGAUCGCUUUAAACAAAUUUCACAAGCAUAUGAAGUAUUAUCGAAUCCUGAAAAGAAGCGAAUUUAUGAUCAGGGUGGAGAACAAGCUUUAAAAGAGGGUGGUGGAGGAGGCAAUGUAUUCUCUUCACCUAUGGAUAUCUUUGAUAUGUUCUUUGGAGCAGGUUUUGGUAGAAGAGCUAGAGGGAGAGAACGCAAAGGACAAGAUGUUAUACAUCAGUUGUCUGUGUCACUGGAGGAACUGUAUAAGGGUACUGUUCGCAAGUUAGCUUUGCAAAAGAACGUUAUUUGCGAUAAAUGCGAAGGUAUUGGUGGAAAGAAAGGUUCCGUAGAACAAUGUACAACAUGUCAUGGAUCUGGUAUGCAAGUCCAAAUACAGCAACUAGGACCAGGAAUGUUGCAGCAUCUUCAGACUAUGUGUGUAGAUUGCAAAGGGCAAGGAGAACGCAUAAAUUCUCGUGAUCGUUGUAAACAGUGUGGUGGCAGGAAGACUGUUAGAGAUAGAAAAAUUUUGGAAGUUCGUGUUGAUCCAGGCAUGGUAGAUGGACAAAAGAUCGUGUUUAGCGGAGAAGGCGAUCAAGAACCAGACUAUGAGCCAGGAGAUAUUGUAAUUGUUCUUGAAGAGAAGGAACACGAAGUGUUCAAGCGUUCGCGCAAUGAUUUGAUCAUGAGAAUGCAGCUAGAACUGGUAGAAUCUUUAUGCGGAUUCCAAAAGGUUAUUACUUCUUUGGAUGGAAAUGAUUUAUUAAUAACCUCACUUCCGGGAACCGUUACAAAACACGGAGAUUUGAAGUGUAUUUUGAACGAAGGAAUGCCAGUUUAUAAAGAUCCGUUCACACAUGGCAGACUCAUAAUUCAAUUUGUAGUAAAUUUCCCGAAAACCAUUGACCCUGCUGUUAUUCCAACGCUAGAAAAAUGUCUACCUCCAAGGGAACAGGUUAUAAUUCCAGAGGGAGCUGAGAAGUGUAUACUUACAGAUUUAGAUCCAGAACAAGAAGCAAGGCGAAGAGACCAGCGACAGGCGUACGAAGAAGACGAAGGAGGUCCCUCUCGAGUUCAAUGUGCCACACAUUAAUUUGAUUACAUCAAUGUCAAUAAAUAUGGUCAUUCUUUCAUUUUAAACCCGAGAGAAAUGUCUAGAUAUGUGCACGACUGUGAAAAUCAUAAGGAAUCUCCACCGAUUCUAUCGCAAGUAUCACAUUAACACCUAAUUGUAUAGAAAGACCGUUGACACAGACGACGAUUCAUUUAUCAUCACGCCUGAAUUAAACUAUAAAUUUUGGUGAAAAUUAGUGAACUGUUUACGAUUAGUUAAUCAAUCGCUUGCUGUAGAAAAAUAUUAAAAAAAGAUGUACUUAUCAUUAAACAAAGUGAUAAGAAAAGGUGAACUUCUAACGCGACAUCAUGUAACGUUAGUACUAACUGCAAACAUAAUCGAUUAUAUCAUGUAACGAUAAACAUUCGGAUGACAUUCUGCUAUUUGUGAAAUUAUUUCUUUAUAAUUAAUAAUUAGCAGUUUCCAACACUGAUUAAUAUGGGCAUAUUGAAUGCUAGAAAUAAAGUUAGACAGUCGAAUGAAACUAG